CGGAGGAUAUAUAGGUAAAGUGGCUUCAUGUUCAAGGUGUCCCUUCCCCUCCUUUAGUGCUAACAGUCAGCAAAACACUGAUCAAAAAUUCUCCUAUAGCUAGUAUAUAUGAUUGUUAUGUAAUAGGAUGUCUGUGUGUCGCCUUUUUAGCUGUGGGUGAACUUAUGUUGUUUAGCCUUUAAGCAAAUAGCCGGAUGUCAGUUCUUCAGCUGGAAUCCUGGCUUUGCAUUGUGGAAAACUAUGCCAUCAAGAUCCUGCUGUGAUUCUUGACUCAUAAUUAUAUAUUGAGCCUUUCAUUUCUUGGCCAUGAUGCUGAAGAAGCAGGAGCCAUAGGCUUUGCAUUCCUGUUGUCAAGACCAGCAUCUGGGGGCAUUUGCCAUGGAGUCUGAUGGCCAGUGUUUGCACUUAGGGUAUGUCUACAUUGCAGAGUUAACCCGGGUUUUAGUCUUCACCCCACUUACCAUCCAUGCAGGGGGGAAAGAAAACACCCUUUAUCCGAGUCUGGAGCCCAGGCUAGCUGACCCAGCUGAGGGGUGGUGAGAGCCAUGACUCCACUUUAACUCAGGCUGAAACCCACCUACUGUUCAGUGGGGACACAGGCUAAAUCAUUCGAGUCCUCCAAUGCCCUUCCCACCAUUCCCUGUGAAGGAGAGACGGAUUCUCCCACAAUUGGCUGGGAAAGAAAUCCUAGAGUGUCUCAGCAUGAAAAACCAUGGGGAAUUCCCCCAGACACACACAGGCAAGUGUGGAAAUAGCCAGAUAUGGCUUUGCUGUGGAGGUGCUCUCACCCAAGCAGGGCUAACCCAGAUGCUCAGACCCUGGUGCCAAUUACCGGGUUAACGGUGCAGUGUAGACAUAGCCUUAAAGGAGAUUCAGCAUGAGCAGUGGCAAUCCAAGCUUCCUCCACACUGCCCCAAGACCAGCAUGCCUCAACCCUAGAGGAAUCACCUCUAAGGGCAAGGCAGGUAUUUUGGUCUCUAUAGUCCAAUCCUUGGCUCUUGUGCUAAGACUGCCAACAAGGGAGGCCAAUUAAUGACAGCUAUGAUGGUGGCUUUCAUCAACAAGGAACUGAACGGAGGCCACUAAUUCCUUUCCAGUAGGCUCCAGGUCAGCCAUUAGAUGGUAAUGACACUGAAUUACUACUGAUAUGGGCCAGACUGAAAGCCGUCACCAUAGGGUGAACAGCUCCACAACUCAUAAUCAGUCCCUGUGGCCACCCAUCUCUUCAGCUGUGGUGGACUUCUUACCCCUGGUUAUCCACCACUGUGGCUUGAAAUCAGGGCAAUCGUAGACUCAAAACACUGCAAGGAAGUAAUUAGCCUGAAUUCCUAGCUUGACCACAUGCAUUGUGAUGAUAUUAUGUGUAACGAUUUUUUCAACAGAAUGCCUCAUGUAAGAUACUUUUGUUUGCAGUAUGCUAUUUUCUCCCCUGCCAAAGGUGAUGAAAGUGGAAAAACAACCCUCUCUUUUGUGGGGGGGGGAGGAAGGGCAUCUGUGCAUGUUAACAGAUCAAAUAUUGGUCUACAGCUCCGCUUCUGAGAUCCUCUGCUUGUCCAAGGCACACUUGAACAUUUCCCAUGCAAUCUCCUUCAGUCCCCCAUCGCUGUCGGACCACCCUGGCCCAACGGGUGUAGAGGAGAGAAAGCAGAUCAGCUGACUGUUACUCCCAGUGCUGGUGGAGUACAUAGCCUGAUCAGCAACUGUGCGGAAUUAACCCUUAUGCACUGGCAUUGACCAGUCUGCUAGCCAAAUGACUGCAUAGGACGAUCUGUUCAUAUGUUUUUCACAGCAUCCGAAUGAUUAAAGGUGAUGUUUGUGCUUAGUGGGCAAUGGUCUGCUUGGGACUGAGUUGAGAGAUUAAUUUGCUUAAUUAAGAGCCACAAGCGUUAUUAAGCCGAAAUCCCAGAAGUGAAAGGCCAAUAGUCCGUACCACUAUCCACUAAACCUUUCCACCAUCCAUUAAACAUCCCAGUUGGAUAUUUUGACUGAUUAAUUGCCCUUUCUCAUUUGGAUGCUUCAUACUGUGAAUUUGCUUGCAUGUUGCAAUUCUUAACUGUAUUUUAGAUCUAAUGAACCACAGUACGUUAAGGUACCUUCUGAUUUGACAUAGGUGGCAAUGCUGCAGCGGACAAUGACCCAGAGAUGGAUGGGGAGGAUGGUGUGUCCUUUAUUAGUCCACUGGGUACUUUAUACACCCCCGCACUGAAAGUGACAGAGGGGCACGGAGAGGUGGCUAUUAAGCUGCACCUCAACUGCAGCCACUGUGAGCUUGAUGAGUGCCGUGUUGAUCUGGAGACUCAAAAAGUCAUUUGCUUCUGUGAGCCUGGGACAGACCUGGCUGAUGAUGGUGUCUCUUGUGUAGCUGAUCCCGUGGCUCAUCUCCCCCUCUCCUUGGUCUUGUCUGUAGUGACGUCAGCACUGGUGGCUGCUCUCAUUCUGGCUUUUUCCGGGAUCAUGAUAGUGUAUCGCCGGAAACACCAGGAGCUGCAAGCCAUGCAGUUGGAAUUACAGAGCCCCGAGUACAAACUGAGCAGACUGCGCACCUCCACUAUUAUGACGGACUACAAUCCCAACUACUGCUUUGCAGGAAAGACCACCUCCAUCAGUGAUCUCAAAGAGGUGCCUCGGAAAAAUAUCUCCCUCAUAAGGGGUUUGGGCCAUGGAGCCUUUGGCGAAGUAUAUGAAGGUCAGGUGGUGGGGAUCCCCAGUGACCCCAGUCCCUUGCAGGUGGCUGUGAAGACAUUGCCAGAGAUGUGUUCAGAGCAAGAUGAGCUGGAUUUCCUCAUGGAAGCUCUUAUUAUCAGCAAGUUCAACCACCAGAACAUCGUGCGCUGUAUUGGGGUCAGCUUGCAGGCGCUGCCACGCUUCAUCCUGCUGGAGCUUAUGGCUGGAGGGGACCUGAAAUCCUUCCUGAGGGAGACACGGCCUCGACCGAGCCAGCCCUCUUCCCUUUGCAUGCUGGACUUGCUACAUGUGGCUCGCGACAUUGCAUGUGGCUGUCAGUAUUUGGAAGAAAACCACUUCAUUCACAGGGACAUUGCUGCCAGGAACUGUCUCCUUACUUGUCAAGGGCCUGGAAGAGUAGCUAAAAUUGGAGAUUUUGGAAUGGCCCGGGACAUAUACAGGGCCAGCUAUUAUCGAAAGGGCGGGUGUGCCAUGCUGCCAGUCAAAUGGAUGCCACCUGAGGCCUUUAUGGAAGGAAUAUUUACAUCAAAAACUGAUACAUGGUCCUUUGGUGUGUUGCUGUGGGAGAUAUUCUCUCUUGGAUAUAUGCCUUAUCCUAGCAAAAGUAACCAGGAGGUUCUGGAGUUCGUAACAAAUGGAGGAAGGAUGGAUCCACCCAAAAACUGCCCUGGCCCUGUGUAUCGUAUAAUGACCCAGUGCUGGCAGCACCAGCCUGAAGACAGGCCAAACUUUGCCAUAAUACUGGAGAGGAUUGAAUACUGCACCCAGGAUCCUGAUGUCAUCACCACCGCUUUACCUGUGGAAUAUGGCCCAUCCAUUGAGGAGGAGGAGAAGGUUCCAAUGCGCCCAGAAGACCCCAAAGCAAUCCCUCCUCUGGUGAUCUCCCCACACCAAAAGAGAGAGGGUGACAAGCAGGCCCUGCCUUCUCCACCCCCUCUGCCUUCAGCCGUCACAGCUGGAAAACCUUUGGCAAAAGUGGCAGCCCCCGAGCCUCUGGUCCCUGUUAAUGUGCGACCAGCCCUCGAAGCGGGACACAUCAACAUGGCCUAUGCGCAGUCCACCCCGGCUUCUGACCUUCAGAAAGGCAGGGGGUCCAGAAAUAAGCCCACCAAUCUCUGGAAUCCAACAUAUGGCUCCUGGUUUGCAGAGAAGCCUGUCAUCAAAAACAAUUCUCUGCUGGAGAAAGAGGUGUCCGAGAGGGAGAAUUUGGGGCACGAAGGAAACUGUACUGUGGGGCCUGGUGUCGUGACUAGGAGGCUGCCAGGCUCCUCUCUGCUCUUAGAACCGUCUUCACUAACAGCCAGUGUGAAAGAAGUGCCUCUCUUUAGGCUCCGCCACUUCCCCUGUGGGAACGUCAACUAUGGAUACCAACAGCAGGGCUUACCCCUGGAAACCUCUGCCCCACCUUGCGCUAGCAAUUAUGAGGACUCUGUCCUUAGAAACAAGAGCCACGUAGUCCAUCAGGGGCCUUGAGAGCCCUCUGCACUCUUGACUCUCAUUCUGUGUGGCUCUUGAGCUUGGAGAGUAUUGUCCUUGUCAUCCAAGAGAGAGCAGACAACGCUAACUUUCAUUAUGUGCCAACUAGCUCUGAAGUGCCACCCUUUGAAGCCGUGUUUUCAGAUAACCCAAGAAGCUUCAACUCAUUGGAGCCUCUGCUACUACUACUACGAGAAAGGGGGGAUAUUAACGUUAACUGCAAGGCCCAGCUUUCGGUUGCAUAAACGUAUAUGCAUGGUCAUUGUCGUGUCGUGCCCUUCCCUGUGCGCUUCUUCUCAAUUGUGUAUGCUCCGCUUAAAUGUAAGGUCAGGUUUAACUGCCUGAGUAUUUCAUGUUUGGGGUUUUCCUUGCCAAGCUGCUGGUUGCUGUGGAGUGGGACUCUUAAAAUCCCCUAUGGAUGGCAGAGGUUUGAGGUGGCUUGGGAAAGAACCAUUUAUUCAAAACAAAAAGGAUAAAACAUCUUUGAAUGAAGGCACCAGGGAACAUUCCCAAGUUGCAUUACUGCAGUAACAUAGUCUGCACCAGCCCUUGAAUAUGCAGUAAUUACGGUAUCAUUGGCAAGGCAAUGGAAAGAUGCCAGUCACACUCUCUGGUUUGUGAGUAAGAUGGGAAGUUAACUAACUGUAGAGGAAGAGAAUGAAGUGCAAAAGGAGGAGGAUUUAUAUUUUUUUCAGACCCAAAGCCAAGGACAGUACUGGCCCCUUAAAAUUCUUUCUAUGCUACAGAAAGGAAACACUGGGUUCUACAGGAACUUCUUGUUGUUCAGUGGAAUUCAGAUGGAAUUUUACAGGGCCAGUCUUGUGAGAGAGACGUUAAAAAGGCCGUUACAGUGAGAAGUCACCAGUAGAUAGAAAUACAAAGGUCUGAAAUGCCCUUUACUAACAACUCCAACCAGAAGGCUUGACUUUGUACCCUCAUCUGAUUCUAGGCAGUGUCUGCACUUCAAGGGUUCAUUACCCUCGUUCUUUUAACAGAAUUCUUGUAUGCUAGUCCGUUAAAAAACCAAAGCUGCACUGCUGCAUUCGGUACACCUUGUGCAUGAAACGUGUGUUGUUACAAUAUACACAUAAGAGUUGAAUUCAGAUGUACAUUAAUCAUUUACAAUAUACUCCGCUGGGGCUGCUGAAGCAGCAGUGCUGUCUAAAAUACACGGUGCCUAUUUCCAUAGAAAUAGGUCUAUGGGAGCAGCAGCAAAGGAAUAUAGAAGAGAUGGGGCUGGAUCUAAGACCUUUAACUUUGGGGGAGUGGUUCAGCAUCCAAACUUUGCAGUAAAAUCUCUAACGAAAGAAACCAGAGCCCCAGAUCAAAACACCCCAGGCUUUGGGGUAUCAGAGAAAGCUCCAGAUCUGACGACUAUGACCUGAGACCCCCAUCUUUAAAGUGAAGUUCUUGUCCCUGCUCUGCCUUCCCCCACCCCUCUGGUAAAUAAUGCUGACGUCUUAGUAGCGUAAUGUUGAAAUUGUGCAUCAAACUUUUUUUUUUUUAAUGAGGCUUAUGUUAGCAGGUCUGAAUUGUGAACUGUAAUGAUUCUGUGGGUGCUUUGGACUUCACUCAUCUGCUACUGGUAUGUCGCAUGUCAUGGCUGCAUGGAUUUCAUGGCUGUAGUGGGGACCAGAACUCAGGACCGUCUGUGGCAAAUACAGAGGCCUCUUCCACUUGCGCUAAAAGGAUAUUGGGGUGUCUAAUCCUCUCGGUGGACCAGCCACUAGAGGAGUGACUUGCUUCCAGACAGUGGAACAGGGCUGCCAUUCCAUCUAGCUUAGCACUGUUGCAUUCACACUACUCUUGCUACUACAAGAAAUGAAGAACUCUUCUACGGUCUCUGGAAAGACAACGUGUUCCAUGGGAGAACAAUGACUGAGCUUCACUGUGUACCAUCAAGGCUGUUUGCACUGCAAUAUUAUCCAUGUGGAACUGAAAUUUUCUUUAGACAUUUCAACUUUCUUUUCCUUUUUCAAAAAGGGUCCAAAUGAAUUUUUUUCAAGCAGACCCUAAGGGAAAGCUUUUUGCUGUCUCUCACUCCUUUCAAGGCAAGAAACCGCUCUGAGUUUUUACUGCUCUACCAGCACGUAUAGCUGAGGGCAGAACCUAGUCAUAUGGUCUUAAAGGAGCAUAGCUGAAAUCUUAAUAAACUGUGACCGUCCAUUUCAAGCCUAUUGAGCUACAGACCUGGGAUUGCCUAACCCUGCAACUCCACAGUUAUUGUUAGUUUUCCAAUUGCUUCUGUUAAAAGUAGCAUUUAAAAAAAAAAAAAAAAGACCCCUUCCUUACAUCAUCAGCAAAGGAAGAUGAACAAAUGCCUGGAUAGCUUUUUUUCUUCCUCCCGAUUCACGGGGAGAGCAUGGAGCCAUACUGAUUGAUUGCUUUUCUGCCUCUGGCUUGUGGUGUUAUGGCGUGCAUCUAUCAUUUUAUUGGGGGGGGGGGUCACCUUACAUGUAUGAAGCUCACAAUGAGAGCUAAAACCAUUGCUACCAUUUACAGCUGGCCCACAUGAACAGCAUGUUUUGGUCAGUGGAAAAUGGGGAAUUGUAAUUCAGAUUUGCUGACAAUAUUUUCUUCUCCCAUACUUGGUGAGACUGUAGCGUAGGAUGAGAUCUUCAAAGAGGCACAAACCUCAGAUAGUUCUAAUGAAAUCUUCCUUUUGAUAGUCUCUGUGCAAAGUGCUUUGGACUAGGACAGUGGUGUUCAGCGUGCCACUGGGCUUAGGAUCUGUUGAAUCAAGACUAGGUUUAGAGCUGAGGUUGAAUGGUGUAGAGCAAGAUUUUGGCCCAAAUGUCAGAAAUCUGAGUUGGCAUUUCUCAUGAGGUUUCCAUCAUCUUGCAUAAUCAGUUUCAGACACAUCCACAACAUGACCAGCAAUGAGCUGCUUUUGUAGUUUUGGAGCCAGUGCAGACAUGGCCCCACAGAGGUAGGUCUGAAUUCAGCUACUGCCAUACUUCUCCUGGAAUUGAGGCAUUCAGAACAUGUAGUUGUGACUUAUUUCUAAUACAAAAUGUAACCCAGCUCAUCGCACACCCGCCCCCCCCCUCUUGUGCAGUUCAGUAUUCUGCAUGGGCCGAUGCCUGUCACCAGUGACAGUGACCUCUAGCUUAGCACUGUGUGGAUCAUAUUCUGCCCUGUGCUAUACAUAUACACCCACUCCCCCCUCAGAGUUGCAUUCAUGCUUUUAAACUCAUUGCUUAAUUGUAAGCCUCGCCGUAGUCUCGCUGACAAUGUGUUUGCAGGAUCAGGGCUUUAAUCCCUGCACCCUAACCCCAGUAGUGUGGUAAUGAAAGGAAACUUCUCCCUGCUGCUGCCUGUUUGCUCUGUGGGUAAAAUAGCAUUUCACACUCCCAGUAUUGCACAGUGCCUGUUCGCUUGAAAUUUUUAUUGAUAAUAGUCUUGUCUAAAGGGGUUGCAAUAGGGUGUGGUAAUAGCUCUGCUUCACUUGGAUUGUCACUGCUCUGCUUUGUGAAAUGAUCUGCAGAAAUCAGUUCAGACAAGGAAUUAAAAAUGAAAUGGCUCAAGACAUGCAUAACAAGUUCUUUCCUAGCAGGUGGGAAGGGCAACUUCACAGCAGCCGGGUUUAUUACCUUUGUCACCACAUAGAACUACAAGGGAGGAGGGAUGAAGUUAGAACACAUGAAUAGGAUGAAAAACAGCUCAGUGUCUGCAUGGUCGUGCACUGAUUGAUGGAUAUUUCAGGGUUUUUUUAAAAAAAGUCUUUUAUUUUAGCUAUUCCCCCUCCCGUCCACCCAAAGUCUCCCUUGGAGGCUCUGACGCAAUUCAGUGUUCAUAAGCCUAAUGCUGUAGGAUCCGCAUAAUGCCGCAGUCUUUUCAUUGGUUACUCCAGCUGUAUACCAAAAGCAGACUUGUCCCACGAACAUGUGUGUGGGAGGGGAGGUUUGUAUGUAGAGGGGGAAAUUGAGGGCUUGCUUCAGGCAACCUCUGUUUUAAAUGCCUGAUAAUGUGAGCUCACAUGAUUGGAGCACUUUGACAUGUCAUGUCUCCCGGGAGUCCCAUCUAAAACACUAGAAGCUAUUUUACACUUGUAACAAACUUUUGUCCAGAACCAAUAUUUUAAAAGUAAGCAUGUCUUGGAGUAACAGUUAUAUAAAAUGUUCCUGUACAUAGUUUAUAGUAGAAUCACAAGGCCCACAUGGCGGGCGGGCAGAAUACUAUCUCAUUGUAAAUGUCUUCAUUUGGAUAUCAUAUGUAGCUACCUUUAUGCUAUAGUGAAAUGUGGUAGCAGGACAGCCUAUAAGACACGUAGUGUGAUGGAAAAAUAACUACAGAAUAGCUGUAGGACAUUUAACACAAACUGGUUAAAGCCCAUGUGGACUAGAGCUAGGCCGUAGUGGUUUCUUGUAGAAUUUCAGUAGGUUCUAGGUGGGUGCCCCCACCUGUGUACCUCAUCAGAGUUGUACAUUCAGGCAGCUAUAAGAUGAAUUACAACAGGGAAAGGAAGGGGUAUGGCAGUGUGAGAGGGGGACAUGGGCCAGGAAGUACAGGGCAAUGGCCUCCAUCUGCAUUUAGGUUGCUCCAUGUCAUGCUGGGACUGGCAGGGAGCUCAUGGGCAAGUUUACUUGAGGCCCCACACUUUGUUUCAGGUAGCUGACUUGAGUUGAAAAAUGGUGAUGGCUUCAGCCUCUAAUGAACCAGUCAAGUGGCGCAUCCAACUGUAGCACCAUCCGCUUCCCUUUCUGCGUCUGGGCAAAGGUAGUGCGUUGGCACAGAAGUCUCUGUGGUCUCAUUUCUACAAUGCAUGACAGGAUUAGUCUAUUGUCUCUUAAGAAGAGUUUGAUUUUUGCAAGCCUGGCCUAAAGCUGACACCAUCAGCUUAGUGUAAAAAAAAAAAAAAACUUGAAAAACGAGUAGUAUAAAAAUCCUUUACAGGGAUAAAAGACCUCACAUGUUGCCUACCCCAUAUUCCUCAAAGGAGAGUAUCUGCAUCCAGCUUUUCUGGUCUGUAACACUGCUUCAUUAGAAUGUCUAUCACAGGUACAGCAGCUUAUGCAACACUAUGUAUAAAGGAAGGGCCUAUGCACUUCAGGGAUAUUAAAAGACAUACUAAUAUAUGGUCAUUGAGUAUUUUGUAUUGAAUAGUGUAUUUGUAUUGUAAACAAGUGUAGUGAACCAAACGGCAUGAAGAUAAAUAAAAUGACAAACUAA